GAAAUGAAAAAUCCCUCCAAAGGCAUUUUCGGGUUCGGACUUUAAAAAAUUCCCAAAAUGAAAUUCCCGCUUUGUAACAUGAAUCCGAAAAUGCAGUCCGCAAAUUCGGGGGUCAAACGUAUAUAUACUCUCUUGCAUUUCUACUUCCUUUACAGUGCAGCACAGUGAGACUGAGAUCGUAGUAGGCUUUGCUUGCUUGCUUGCUUGCUGUUGGCGACAUCAAUGGCGGUUGUUUCAGGCGAUUCCGUGGCGGAGCAGGCGCAGGGCAACCAGGGAACCAAGACGAAACAGCGGAAUAAUUGCCCAGGCGUGCGGGUUGUGGGCGGCCGGAUCUAUGAUUCCAGAAAUGGCAAGACGUGCCACCAGUGCCGUCAAAAAACCAUGGACUAUAUGUCAGGAUGCAAGAAUGAAAAGAAUAAUAAGCCGUGUGUCAUUCGAUUUUGCCACAAAUGCCUCUUGAAUAGAUAUGGGGAGAAGGCAGAAGAAGUUUCAACUCUCGAGAACUGGAACUGUCCAAAAUGCAGAGGCAUUUGCAACUGUAGUUUGUGCAUGAAAAAGCGAGGUUUCCAGCCUACUGGUAUUCUUGUGCACACAGCCAAGGCGACUGGAUUUACUUCUGUGUCAGAAAUGCUACUGGUUAAAGGACCAGAGAACAUUGAUCAUGAAAAAGCUCUCAAUAAGAAGGAUGCUCCAACUAAAGAGACCAAGAAGGAUGCUCCAACUAAAGAAACCAAGAAGGAUGCUCCAACUAAAGAGACCGACGCUUCAGACAAGGGGGCAGAAGUUGUUUCCCCAACCAAGAGGGGGAAGGAAAACAUAUUUAAUGGGAGUAUAGAUUCAAAUACUCAACCACUUAUUUCAUCAAAUAUUCCUCCUAAACAGGAAUCUAGAAAAAUGAAAAGACAAGAGUAUGAGAAGACUCAGAAGGGACACUGCAUUAGUGGAAAUGAUGGUGUUUCAUCAACAGCUAUUGAUACUUCCCCAAAAAAGAAAAAAAUUAAUAAAAUGAAGGAAGAGGGCUUACCAAAGGCAAAAAAUCCCAAGGAAGAGGGUUCCAAGAAGAAUGAAAUACAUGGUGAAUGUAAAAGAAAAAGGAAAUCAGAGGACAUGAAGAAACAAGUGUCAAGCAAGAUGCCUGAUGAAGCCACUGGUAAAGAUAUUGGGGAUGCCACUGAUCUUGAUAUCAAAAAUGAAAAUUUAAAUCCUGUUAUUCCCCUGCCUGAGGGAAUUCGACUUACAGCUGUAGCUGGUACUGAUUUACCUCAAGAAGAUAUUGGGGAUGCCUUGCAAUUUUUAGAGUUUUGUGCUGCAUUUGGAAAGGUUCUUGAUUUAAAGAAAGGGCAGGGUGAAGCUGUACUUAGAGAUUUGGUACAAGGUCGAGCUACAAGGCGAGGAAAAACUACUGUGACUGCCCAGUUUCUUGUUAACAUGCUAACGGUCAUUGAAGAGGAUAUGGGGGAAGGGUCUUCAACAUUAACUUGUACAGAUGGAACAGAUGCAUGGUUCAAUUUUCUUAAAGAGGUCGUUUCUGAAUCCCUAACUGUUGCAAAGAAUAUGGGCUUGGAUUCCUUAAAUGAUGCAGCUGAUGGAUUUGAUAGCUUAAGCCCCUCAAUAAAACUGAAGCUAUUGAACUUUGUCUGUGAUGAAGUUCUUCUAACUGCAAAGAUAAGGAAUUGGAUAGAUGAUGAGAAUGCAAGAUAUGCUGAAAAGGCCAAGGAAGCAAAAGUAAAAGUUUCAGCUGCGAAAGAGGAGGAAAAGCGUUUGAAGCAGAAACUACAGGAUAACAUUGCUGAAGCAGUCAUUUCAAAGAAUGGUGCUCCCAUUACAGUAUCGGAGCAUGAUGCCAUUGUUGCUAAAGUUAAGCUUGAGACAGCAGAAGCUCAUGCUGCAUUGCUGGAGUCCAAAGGCUUAUGGUUAAAAUGUAAUCAAAACGCUGAUGCUGUUAGAACAGAGCCCAUCUAUGUGGACACCAAUGGUCAGGUGCUGUGGAGAUUGAAAAGCUACUCUGAGAAAUCUGAAAUACUACUUCAAGAGGUUGGAACUGGGGAUGAUGCAUCACAUGAAAAAUGGUCUACUUUUGAUGUGGAACAGAAAGAAAUAGUUGAGAAGCGGAUUGACUCUUUGAGGCACAAAAGGAUCAGGGUUCCAGGGAAACCUCCAUUGCAGAGCAAUGAAAGCUGAGCAGUAGUAAUUCAUCAAGAUUAGUGCUGUGAUACAGAGCCUCAAGGAGCACAAGUGUAGAACUUAUGUAGCAUAGCUUCAUUAGCAUUUUUGCAAACAUAUACAUUCAAUGUUUUUGCCAUUGAAUUGAAUGUAGGCAGUGAACCUUGUAAAAAGCAGGUCUGUAAAUCUGUUGUAUCAAGGCAGACCCAGAUUAUAUGAAUGCCUUAAAAUUAAUCCUUUUCGUUGA